CUAAGAAUUGGUGCCUUCAAUGUUCGAACUUUUGGUAAAUCGAAGAUGAGUAAAGAACAUAUUGCAGAUAUUCUAGCUAAGAUUGUUGUUAGAUAUGACGUCAUGCUUCUCCAAGAAAUCCGAGAUAUUAGUGGAUGGGCUGUAGAUGAACUACUGAAAUUAGCACAAGCGAUAAAUCCAAACUAUAACUAUAUUAUCAGUAAACGACUGGGUAGAUCAUCUUAUAAAGAACAAUACGCGUUCUUCUACAGAACUGACCGUCUCAAAGUAAAGUCAACCCAUCAAUAUGAUGAUGGCCCUGAUGAUGGGACAGAUAUAUUUGAACGAGAACCAUACUGUGUAGAAUUGGAGCCUUUUGAUACAGGAAAAUGUACGCAUUUAAUUAGAAAUACAUUAUUUUAA